AUGUCUACCUGGUAUAUGGACGGUGCCGAGGAUAACCGAGGUGGUUAUACAAAACAGGGACCAGAAAGUCUGCUACAGAGGUGAGAGUGUAAAACCAGAGAGAACCUCUCAUGUAUCCUUUUAUUUUAGAUGAUACAGGGGUUGAAUGAUUGCUGUGACUUGAUGUGACUACUAGUAUGAUAUUAAUAUAUAUAUAUAUAUUUUAACUUGCUUUUUCAACAUUGUUAUUUUGAUUAUGAGAAGUAUAUUUUUGUUUAUUGUACAGUAUGUAAAAGGACAGAAUCUCUCCACCACUAGGGGUCAGUGCCGCCUGUAUUAUGGAGUAAUCCAUGUCGGGAAAUAAAAAUAAUUAGAAAAUGUUCAGUAGCUCUGUUGUGUGUCUUCCUCCCCACAGUGAGCGCAGGAGAAUGAAGCUGCAGAGUGACCUUGUGACCUUACAGAGGGAUGAGCGCCUGUGAGUGAGCUGUGUACUUUUUAUUUUGGAAUAUGAAUAUAUAAGAAUAUAUCAGAAUAAAAAAACUACUGACACUGUGUGUGUGUGUGCUCGUGUGUGCGUGCAUGCCUGCCUGUGUGUGCGUGUGUGUGUGUGCUUACCUGUCUGUGUGUAUGUGUGCAGUAGCCGGGCUGUGCGGCUGCAGUGCCGGUGGCAGGAGCUGAGUGAGAGAGAACGUCGGGCCCAGCAGCAGAAUAGGCAGCUGCUGCAGGAGUUUGACAGAGCCCAGGACACUCUGAGAGACAUGGUCACCCGCACCGCCGCUAUGAAUACCAUAAGAGUGAGGGCACGCACACCACCCGUAUGAAAACAUUUAAUGAACACACACGGCAUGCACCACCCGCAUGUGGAAUGGUGGACAUCCUCCUACCUCCACACCUUGACAAACACACACACACACUUACAUACACUCUUCACCAUUGUCCCUCUCUGGGCCCCCAGAUGACCCUGAUCCCUAACUGUGACCACUGACCCCUCUAGGUGGAGUAUGAAAGGUACCUGGAGGAGAGCUUCCCUCGCUGGCAGCAGCAGCUCAAACAGAAGACACUAUCUGCCCAACGCAAGGUAGGCCUACCCUGCCUGACACCAUAACAACAAUGAGUCAUUUAUUAGAUGUUUAUAGAUAUCAUAUGAGAUGUGAUUUGAGACACUCCAGGCUAGGAUCAUCCUGUAAUUCCUUCCACAGCGAAUGGAGCAGCACAUGAAGGAGUGUCUGAGGAGUAUGGAGGAGGAUAGGGGUGAAGAGAGGGGCUCCAGACCCCCCAUCGGAGCCCAACCUCCACUUUCCCCAUGUAACACCAACACACCCUUAUACAGUUCAUAUACCCACCUUACCUCCCACCUUACCUCCCACCUCACUGUCAUUUCUCUUUCUUUAGGUCAUGUCCAACAGCUCCAGAAUGCCGCUGCGCAUCAAGAACACCACAACCAAAAUGGCCACCAGGACUACAUCCAAAAUGGCCACCAUCAUCCCAGCAUCCCUUCAAUUCAGUCCUCCUGGUUGAUUCAUGCUCGUUCCCAAUUGGCUAAUUCCCAAACCAGAAUGCACUCCAAACUCCAACAAAGAGACAUGACUCACCACCCUGCUCACCCCCUCCAUCCCUAUUGCCCUCAGUCUCUCCACCCCCCUCAGCCUUACCCUGUCCAGCCCCCUCAGUCCUACUCCACCCACAGUAAGCCCCACAUCGUGAUCCAGCAGGAGACACCACCGACAGGGUACCCCAUGCAAUGGCCUGCUGGGGUGGCCGUGGCUGGGCUCCCUUUCAGGGCCCCAGUGGGCCUUCAAACCUCCUGGACCAGCCCUGCCAUGCCGGAUAGCCAGGGAUGGAGAAUGGUACAGGGUGUGGCGGGGGAGGAUGAGGGGAGGGAGGCCAGUGCAGCGACUAGUCCUGAAGGAGGGAGCAGUGUGGGACACAGACAGAGGAGAGAGAAGAGUAGCGAUCUGGCACAUGAGCUGGACAUCAAACCAGGUAAGAACCAUUGCUUCAUAUAAUCUAACUGUACACUAACCAACAAUGAACCAGCAACUAAACCCAAGCUAACUGUCAACACUGGCCACACUGGCCCAAGCUGACUGAUAAAUAUAAUUGUUGAACUAAUCAUAACCCAAAUGUCUGUGUGUGUGUGUGUGUGUGUGUGUGUGUGUGUGUGUGUGUGUGUGUGUGUGUGUGUGUGUGUGUGUGUGUGUGUGUGUGUGUGUGUGUGUGUGUGUGUGUGUGUGUGUGCGUGCGUGCGUGCGUGUGUGCGUGCGUGCGUGUGUGUGUGUGUGUGUGUGUGCAGUGCGUCUGUGGAGUGGACAUGGAGAGAGCAGUGAGAGCAGCAGAACCUCCAGUCAGGCCAGUAAAGAGAGCGUCGGCAGCAGGGAGAGGAGGAACAGGAAGGAGAAGAAGGGAGGAAGAGGAGGACAGAGCUCAACAGACAGGUCCUCUGCAGGAUCCGGGGAAGUGGUUAUUGCUGUGGCUUCAGUAUCUUCUGCCUCUGUGGUACAAAGCUCAGAGAAUGAUGGGACAUCGGUGGCAGGGAGCAACAAGAGCAGGAGGAGUAGAGGACUGGCUAACUCAGUCAGUGCAGAGGAGUCAGGCAGUCAUAGAGAGGAAUCAGGGAGUCAUAGGGCAGAGUCAAGAAGUAAAAUGCAGGAGUCAAUGAUUCAAAUGGAGUCAGUGAGUCAUAGGGAGGAAGUAGCCAGUGAGAAAGAAGUACCAGAGAAUGACAUGGAGGCCACAGAGGGAGAAGAGGAGAGUCUGGUUGGACUCAGUGUGGAGGAGGGAGCAACAGUAGAAGAAGAGGAGGAAAUUGAACAUGACAGAGAGGAGGGGAGAGAAACAGAGGAAGAAGAGGUAAUGGGAGAACAUGAUGGCGAAACAGAGCAAAGAGAAGGUCAGGAUGAAUGCAAUGAGGCAAGUCAGAGAGACAGAGAGGAAGAAGAAGUCCAACCAGAAAGUGAGAAUGUUUCUAUAAGGGAGCACACUGCAGAGGAUGAGGAAGAGGAGGAGAGGGGAGAGGAAGAAGCAGAGGAGGCACAGGACUCAGAAGGGCAGGUAGAGCGCGAGGAGGUGGAAUGGAGUGAUAGAGACAAAGAGGAAGAGAGCGAGAACGAAAGAGAGGAAUCACACACUUCUCAGGACGGAGAGAUAGAAGAGGUAGUUAAGGGUAGCAGAGAAGAAGAGGAGGAUGUGGGAGCUGGGGGUGAAAGAGAUGAGGAUGAAAGAGAUGAGGAUGACGAGGGGUCAGGGGGUGAAGAAGAGGAGCAGCGUUGUCAGGAUGCUGAGGAAGACUCAGCAGCAGGGCAGCCUGAGGAUGAAGAGGAGAGAGACUCUGACGACAGCAUCAUCUCACCACCAGAACACAGGUAAAACACACUGAUGAUGAUGGUGAUGAUGAUGAUCAUAAUGAUGAUGAUGACUCAAUUGUUAUGAUUCUCAGGUCAUCCAAAGGCCUGGCAGAGGUAGUGGAAGAGGAGGAGGAAGAAGAAGUGAUUGAUGAUAAUGAGGAAAAUGAGGGUGAAGAUGAUGAAGGUGACAAAGUGAAGGGGUAUUCAUGGUCUGUAGAUCCCUUUCCAGAUGAGGAUGAUGAUAUUGAAAGUCUUCUUGCUCCACAGGCAAAGUCUCAGGAAAAACAGUGAGUGUUGUUAUUUCUUUGAAAAAUUGGUGCUUCAAAUGACUAUCUCUGGCCACUUUUCUAAAAAUGACCUUUGUUGGAUUUAAGAGAGAAAGAGAAGGAGAAGACAGUGGUCCUUGUCAAACCCAAAGGUAAGAUCUCUGCACACUGCAAUGCAUAGAUAAACUUAAAAAGGUUCGCUUCUCGCCAGUAAUAUGCACUAUUUUGUAACCUAACCUGUGCUAUGUGUCUUUUCAGCCAUAGAUGAAGACUUGGACAGUUUGUCUGAAGUAAAAGCACUUCACAAAAAGAAAGGAGCCAAUCAGGACACAGACUCAGAAGAGUUUGAUCACUUCUAUGACUGA